GUUUGGAUAUGAGGGAAACGGAAGUAAACGGCGGGAUAAGCUUUGCUUCUGUAGUCCAUGUGUUUCUUAGCUGCCUAUUGAUUGCUUUUUGCCUUGUUGAGGUAUUAUUCAGGCUGUGAUGCUUAAAGCUCUGAUCUUUGUAUUCGGUUGGUUUAUGCUCUUUUGAGCCGGAUCUUAUGCAACUAGUUAUUGCCAGGUGUGGUGAUCAAAUUAUCAGAUGGGAGGAAGAACAAAUGCUGAAACCCUAUUGGAUCUGAUCAGCUGGUACCACAAUCCGCAUUCUGAUCGCAAACCAUUAGGCGAUGGUCAGGGAAGGAGCUAAUGAUCUAAUGAGUGAACUGCCCAAUUAUCUCAUCGACCACAUCUUCUCGUUCGUGCCCACGAACGAUGUUGUGAAAGCCAGCAUCUGGUCGAGGUCAUGGCGCCACAGGUGGUGGACCCACGUCGAGAACCUUGAGAUCCUUGAUCUCCAUGUAGCCAAGGAGGCCGAUUAUAUCGUUCUCAUUAGUUUCUGCAACUUCAUGAUGCGGUUGGAUGAGCAGCGCCCUUGGGGUAAGACCUUGCAGAGAUUCUCUCUCAAUCUCCCAACCCACUUCUUCCACCGAUGGGUUGACAAGUGGAUCAGCUUUGCUAUCAGAAAUAAGGUCAAGCAUCUGUGCCUGAAUCUGAUGCAAACUUGCAUGUUGCCCGAUUUCAUGUGCAAUCACUUUGAACUAGAGGGCCUUCACAUUGCACAUUCCUCCUUCUCAUACAAGUGCCCAGGCUUCGACUGGCCUUGUCUCGAGAAAUUAUCGCUCACUGAUGUGUUGUUGAGCAAGGACACACUCUCUAAAAUUUUCUUAGGGAGCCCCGUACUUCAGCUCCUGAAAUUGGAACGCUGUACCGGUCUGAACAGGAUCGAAAUAGAAGAGUCUCAGGGGCUGAGGGAGCUUGUGAUAGAUUCACACCGGGGCGAUGCUCAUCUCGAAAUCAUUGCUCCGAGCUUACUCAUACUCCGUCUGCGAGGGCACUAUGGGGCGUUAAAGCUGACCAAAGUGUCUUCCGUGGUCGAAGCUGAGCUUGAUUUCUACCUCCCGGAGGAUUGCUUCUUAUCCAAUGUAUUCAAGGACGUUCUCAACAAGCUGCAGCAUGUUUCAACCUUACACAUCUGUGGUUGGUGUAAUGAGCAGAUGGUGUCGCGAGCAGGAUACAAUUGUCCGGAGUUAAGUAAAUGUAAGCACUUAAUUAUAGACUCCGGGAUUGACCAGUUAGAUCUUUACGGGGUCACUUCCUUGCUAGCUAGGUCACCUCAUCUCGACAAGUUGGAACUUAGAAAUCUCCAGGUUGAUCAUUGUGAUCGUAAGUUUAGUCAUGGUAAGAGGAAAUGGAACGACGCAUUCAGUGAUGGUGACAUGCUCUGUAGAUCCCGGAAGUACAUAUUCAAGAGCCUUGUCAAGUACCUGAAGAAACAUGUGAAGACCUUGGUUAUCAGGUGGUCGGAUGCUGCGACAGGGCAACCAAUGACAAGAGCUUUCGAUUUGGGGGAUGGGGGAAAGGAAAUGGUCCAAUCACUGGCUCAGCAAAUCUCAAGCUAUCCAGGAGUUUGUCCCUAAUACUUGAGAAUGUAGUUUAGCCCAAAUCAAUAUUCUCCUUUUCUGAUUAUUUGAGAUGUCUUAAUAGAAAAUGUGCUGUAGUGGAGAUUGCUGAUAGUGAAUAGUUGCUUCUUGUCAUUGUUUCCAUGUAAACUGGAAGAUCGCGCAAUUCGAUAGAAUUGUUUGGUCUAAUGUUUAAUAUAUUAUAUAUAAGGCUUAAAAAGCGACCCAGAUA